CAAAACUGUAUCCCUACUUUCAUGUCAUAUGACCACACACACUCUCUUUGCUGUAUGAAUACCCCAGCAGCUGUGUGUGUGUGUGUGUGUGUGUGUGUGUGAGAGAGAGACAGAGAGCUUUGUCACUCAGCUGUUUUGUGUGUUUGUGUGUGAAGUGAGCUAAAAGGGGCCCUGAUACAAUGACCUGCUCUGACCAUGUGCUUUAGCUAUUGUCCAAACCACACACACACACACACACACACACACCAUCAUGGAGGGGCUUUGGAUCGCCGUGGCAACAUGCCUGCUCACCUCCCGUCCUGUCAGAGGUGAUGAAUGGAGGAAGGAAUAUGAGGAAGGACUUGGUUAUUACAGCGAGGAAGCUCUGAGGAAGAAGCAUCCUGAGAAGAGCAGACCUGUGAGUUUUAAACAUCCUCCGUUCCUCUGUCCAGACAUGAUGCCUUCAUCGUCCACUCCCACCUCAGUUGAGGUGGUGAAAGCAGCAGAUAUUAAGGUGAUUGCAGCUCUGGGAGAUUCUCUGACGACGGCUAUCGGGGCGAACGCCACCACAGUGUUGGGAAUCCCCAUCGAAUACCGUCCCGUCUCCUGGAGCAUCGGCGGAUAUGGAACAUUCCAGAACGUCAUCACACUCGCAAACAUCCUCAGACUCUUUAACCCGGAUCUAGUGGGUCCGUCUCGGAGCAGAACCGUCCACGGAACCCGAGCUCCUCUCACAGACACGGGGUUGAAUCUGGCCGUGACUGGACACAACACCUUUAAUCUUCCUGGACAAACUCGGCAUUUGAUCGACACCAUGAAGAUGUUUGAGGACGUUAACUUUGAUGAAGACUGGAAACUGCUGACCAUUCUCAUCGGCAUGAACGAUAUCUGUGACUACUGCAAGGACAAGUCCCUGUUUUCAGUGGAGAACUUCAUCCACUACAUGACCACCUCCCUGGAGAUGCUGAUGAAUGAGGUUCCUCGUAUGAUCGUGAAUGUGGUUCAGAUUUUACCCAUGGAGGCUCUGAGGGAGGUGCAGAAGCCCACGCCUGGGUGUCUACUGCAGAGGUCCUUCUGCUCGUGUCUGGUGAAGCCCGCCUCGGAUUCUACCGAACUCAAAGAGCUGAUCGAAGUCAACCUUCAGUUCCAGAAUGCCCUGGAGCAGCUUCUCCAUACAGAUCGCUUCUUUAAACGCGACUUCGCUGUGGUUCUUCAGCCGUUUCUGAAGCACGCAGAUCCUCCACGACUUCCUAACGGGAAGAUUGACAUGAGCUUCUUCACACCAGACUGUUUCCACUUCACCAUAAAGGGACAUGAAGAGCUGGCCAAGGGUCUGUGGAACAACAUGUUCCAGCCUGAAGGGGAGAAGUUUAUGGUGGAGAGUUUUUCAACCCCGAUUCAGCUCAUGUGUCCUCCUGUGGACCAUCCGUACAUCUUCACCAAGCCAAGUGCCGCGAGGAGUUCAGCAGGAGCUCGGUUCUCCGCGCUGCUCCUCCACUCCACGCUCACUUCAUUCCUUUUCUUCUGCUAGACCUGGACUCUCACCUGCACACAGAGCAGCUUCAUAUCCACUCAGUGUGACUGUGAUUAGAUUUAGGGUAAUAAAAUCAGACAGGGACGGAGGUGCGAGGACGGAGACAGACAGAGGAAGGGCGUUCUACAGUCUCGAGGCCGUUAGGAAAAAAACAUAUCUGAGAGGAAGUGAUGAGAACAGAAGACCAGAGAGAACACGCAGGUGAACAGGAAGAAGGCUAGAGAAGUGGGCGGAGCCAAGACCAUGCAGUAAAGUCUUGUUAUGACUUGCAUAGAAAUCUUUAUAAAAUAAUAACAGUGUUCUAGAUUUAUUUAGAGUUCUAUCUAGAGUUCCAUCACGUUGGCUAACGAUAUCCAGCGUUACCCACAAUGCCGUUCGACUACCUGCUGAUAGCAGUGGGAUUUAGCUCUGUUCCUAGAGAGAUAUGCGGCGGCACUUUAGUCUGUAAGUUUUCAUGCUAAUAUCACCUUCAACACCAUCUCCUACACCGCUAACUAACUACUGACUUCAUCGUACAGCUGCAUUGCAUCCUGGGAACGGUGAAACCUCAGCGUUAACACUUUAUACUUAGCUAGCAAUAAUAUUAGCAUUGUCUCUGUGAGGAAAAUGCAGAACAACCAAGAAAUCAGAUCCAGAAGCACAGAACACACAUGCAGAAAUAUUUUAGUAUAAAUAUAUGUACAGUGGGCGGAGUUUAACUUUAAGAACUUUAAGAAAGUCUUUCAGACUUUUAGUGAGUGCGGUUGCUGAACUUAAGAGUGAUGUGUGAGACACGUGUGAGAGGAAAAAAUGAAGGAUAGCAUGACACGGUUUCCCUGUAUGAAGCUCAUCGGGUUUAAAAAAAUGAAGAUCAUGGGAAGAUGGCGUCCUCUGAGCCGCUGACCUGAUCCACCUGACCUGAUCCACCUGAGCAGAUAUGCGCAGAUAUGAGCAGAGCGGUCAGCGGACUGACCCACACACUAACGAUCCUCUGAGUGAUUUAUCAGGUGAAGGUAAUUGUGUGAGCUCUGGUGGACACGGACAGCCCGAGGUGAGCCUGAAACCUGGUUAGUGGUCAGCGGUCAGAGGAGUGAAGUGUCCAGAUUGCAGUAAUGUGAUUCCUGAAAUGUCGCAGCCCGAAACCUGAUGUUUAUUUCUUUUGUCUUUCAAUAAAGCUCUUUUUUUCCGCACGCAGCUCCUCCUCAGUGCUAUCUUUCUGCACUAACUGAUUUACUCUUUCUCAUCAGACAACAACUGUACUGUAUUUGAUAUUUUAUUUUAUUUUCUAU